AUGCUAUAUCUGUGCUGCUCCGCUUCUAUACUGGGUUUGUGGUUCACACUCAUUGGCUUUAUCAACAGAUUCGAAUUGGCUGUGCUAAACUCAUCACGGACCCUCACUUGGGCCUGAAUGCAGCUAUACAACUUCUUGUCGCUCAUUUCUACUAUUAAAACUUGCGCCAUUUCCAUUAGAUAGCCAUCACUGCAGUCAUUCUUCUUCAUCUCCAUCUCCAUCUCCAUCUCCAUCUCUUUGAUAACACAGUAUGCUUGGGCAAUACCCGCCUCCCGGCACCUCCUGCUCGGACCUUACGACAUACCAACAUGAGCUUAAAGCCUCCAAAUACUCUAGUUCCACCAAUGUGUCUCUACGGGACCGUCUGCGUCACUUUACCUGGGCCUGGUAUACUCUGACUAUGAGCACCGGCGGCCUAGCCCUCCUGCUGGCCAGCCAGCCCUACUCCUUCUCCGGAUUGCAACAGAUCGGGCUUGCGGUCUACAUCAUCAAUCUGGCCUUCUUUGCUUUGCUGUGCAGCCUCAUGGCCACGCGCUUCAUUCUCCACGGCAACUUUCUCGACUCCCUCCGACACGACCGCGAGGGUCUUUUCUUCCCCACUUUCUGGCUUUCCAUUGCAACUAUCAUCACCGGACUCUACCGCUACUUCGGCGACACCACACAGCCUGCAUUCAUUUAUGCCCUUGAGGUGCUCUUCUGGCUCUACUGUGCCUUCACUCUGAUGACCGCUAUCAUCCAAUACUCCUUUGUGUUUACCGCGCACCACUACCCUCUACAAACGAUGAUGCCCUCGUGGAUCCUCCCCGCAUUCCCUAUCAUGCUCAGUGGCACGAUCGCCUCCGUCAUUGCCGAACAGCAGCCCGCACGUUCUGCCAUUCCCAUGAUUGUUGCCGGCACCACCUUCCAAGGUCUUGGCUUCUCCAUCAGUUUCCUCAUGUACGCGCACUAUAUCGGACGGCUCAUGGAGACGGGGCUUCCAUCCCGGGAACACCGACCCGGGAUGUUCAUCUGCGUUGGGCCCCCGGCUUUCACGGCCCUUGCCCUAAUCGGCAUGACCAACGGCCUUCCUGAGGAUUUUCAGGUCCUACAAGACCCGCACCCCUUUCAAGACGCGCAUAUCCUGCGACUCCUUGCCAUCGCCACGGGCGCCUUCCUCUGGGCCCUCAGUCUCUGGUUCUUUAGCAUUGCCAUCAUCGCCACCAUCCGCCUGCCACCUACCGCCUUCCACCUCAACUGGUGGGCUAUGGUGUUCCCAAACACGGGGUUUACCCUCGCGACCAUCACGUUGGGCAAAGCCUUCGAUAGCCCCGGGGUCAAGGGUGUCGGAUCUGCCAUGUCCAUCUGCAUUGUGGGGAUGUGGCUGUUCGUGUUUGUGAGCAAUGUUCGUGCCGUUGUGAAGCGGGAUAUUGUCUAUCCUGGGAAGGACGAGGAUGUAUCAGAGUGAUGUCGUUGAUCUUUGUUAUUUCGCCCUUUAUCCUCCACAGUCGU